CAAGGUCGUACGCUAGGGUUAUACACCCGGGAACACUAUGGCUAGUGCAAACGGUGACUCUAGCGGGUCUAACAGACCGUCCGAACGAACCCCUCUAUUACCUAGCCGCCGCCCAACGCAAGAGGCUCACCACGACUCUAGCGAGACAGUCGUGCCCCACGUAGGAACGUAUGCCUCGGAGAUCAACCUCGUGGACCUGGCCACAUACAACACCAAUGAUCUGUAUCCUUCUACGCUUUCCUCGCGACCCGCGCAAACUGCUUUCGCCCUAUGCGUCCUCUUGCAUUACCGUAAAUCAAUUGCAGGAGUCACAGCAUCGCGCGGACGCGACGUUUGGAAUCAGUGGCACGAAAAAAACCAACAUUCUCUGGGGAUUAGCACCCUCGAUUACCUGGCUCUUCGCGUGUGGUCCGAGUACCUUGAAGACGCUGGGACCGCAGACGAGAUAGCAGAGGUGCUGUGGACGGCAUACCCCAUUGAUGUGUACUCGCCGUUCACCACACGAGUGAUUGAUUUCUUAGCGGCCGGCCACGCCCCAGACGAUCUCACAAGCCACCCUCUAAUCCAUCUUAGCCUAAUGGAUACAUGGAAGUACGGCCGCCCCAGUGUCCGCGAAGGAGAUGGCGUUGUUUCCUCCCUGCUGCGCUUCAUAGAUCGCUGUGCUACUCCUCGGGUACUGUACAUCAUGAACGUUGGGACACAUCUCGCAUACUUAUGGAUCCUCUAUGUCUUUGUGAACGGCCAAUCAGUGUUGAUGCCAUUCCUCUCCUGGUUCCCGGACACACCACAUUUUGGCUCUCACGCGCUAUCCAACGUACUGCUUGGUCUGUACUUGGAAUUCAUCUACCUCCACCUUCCCGUCCAGCCGACUAGCCCGCUAUUCCUGCUGCGUCCGGAACAGAUUCUUCCCCUCGCGGUACUUGCGUGGAGGGGUCUACGCGCCCUCUUCAUCCCGCCACUGUUCUUCCUACCCGGCCUCAUCCUCUCCUUGAUGCUCCUCUCACAAACGUUGGACCGUUGGCUGCUCGGGACUUGGUCCGUCAACAGCCUUGUCGGGGGGCCAACCGACACCCAAAUCACAUUCUUGUACUUGCUCCUCACAAUGUUCCUCCUCCUGUGCUUCUCCCUGAUCUACGCCAUGAUCGUCAACCCCUUCCUCGCGGCGUCUCAAGGACCCGAGUCCUCCCCUUGGGACCGGUACACGCGAUCCGUCGGGAUGGAAGCGCGGCGUGCAUUUAUACGCACCGUCCGGCUGUACGGCUUGGACAAUCACAUCCCCGCGCCGCUCAACCUCCUGCAGGUCGUCUUCGUGCGCAUCCCGCAGCUGACUCUCGUACUGCUACGCAAGAAGGAUGCGGCGGCGCGGAUUGCAGCCUUCGACAAGGUGCUGUGGCGGAUUACGUGCUAUGUGCCUGAGUACACCAAGACGAUGAGUACGCGAAGAAAAGCGGGUCAACGAAGCGGCCAACCACCUGCCAAACGGCGCAAGAGAGAGAUUGGCCAAGCCAACUCGGACGAUGACAUACCGACCGCUCAGGCGCAAGCGAACGCGCCUUCCGCCGCCGCCCUAUCUCAGCGCAUUCUCCCUCUGGAUCAUAUACCCUCACUAGGGGCCAUAUGCCUGAAGGUGUUUGCGGACAACUUUCAACGAUUCUCCACCAAAGAGGCCAUGUGGGAGAACGUGCGGUUGUGGCUGAAGGAGCUGCCGGAUGCUCUCGUCCAGAAGAUCUUCACGACCCUGAGGCACACGUGUCCGACGAUCCUGGCCCAUGGACUUAUUGUAUCAUACUUCUUGCGAGGCACUUCUAUCGUCCUCUCCGAUGACCUCCCCGGCGUCACCCGGCCAACAAUAUACGCAGUCGGGGAUAUGCCCACCCAUGAUCAACUACGGGAGCUGGAGCUUACCGGCUUCUCUAAAAUUCCGGAUGCGACGUUUGCGACGGCCGUGUCCAAGCUACCGGCUCUCCAAAAGUUGAACCUACGCGGAUGCACGAAAGUGGCGCAGAAUACCCUAGAUGCAGCGGCCAAGCAUUGCCCACAACUACAAGUUGUGAACGUGAAUUAUACCGCCGUCACGCCAGCCUCUCUCGCGCCUCUUCUACUCAACUGUAAAAACUUGGAGGUUUUGAAGGUCGCAGGGAUCCCUAACUGGCUAUGGAGCGCGUUAGGGGUCACGGAAGGCUUCCAACUGCCCAACCUACGUUCCCUCAAGCUUCGUCAGGCUCCCCUCAGUGACACGGUACUGAAUCCCGUGUUCACCAUCUGCCCUAACUUGGAACGUCUGGAUCUAUCCUUCACACUCGUCAAACGCCCCGCCCUACCCGCAGGCCACAUGCUGGAAAAGCUCGUCCUGACGUCCACGAAAAUUUCGAGCGCGGACCUUCUCGCAGUGGUCUCACCACUCCGCCGGCUGCGGGUGCUCGCCAUCGGGGCCAUGGGAGGAAGCCAGGGCUCCAGCGCUGCGAUUUCCAACACGUCCGCCAUGACGUUGACGGACGACACGCUGCGUGCAUUGACGGACGUCCUGGCGGAGUGCCCCGAUAUAGAGCGCGUGAACCUGGUCGGGAACACCAAGCUGGGGUUCACAGGCAGGCGGGGGCCUGACGCCGCUCUCGCGCAGUUCGUCCGUAGGGUGGGCCGCCGUUGCAAGCAACUAAACUUGGCUAACAUCGCGUCCUUGCGGUCGUCGGACCUAGAGGGCCUUGCCCAGCCUGAUGACCUUGGCGAGGGGUCGUCGCAGCUGGUGCAUCUGAACCUAAACAACACCUCUGUGGAUGAUACGGCGGCCCCAUACAUCUCGUCUUGUGUGCAUCUGCAGACGCUGGAACUGGCUAGUACUAAGUUUACGAGCGCAGGGCUAUUCCCGAUCAUCGACGCCUGUGAACGUCUUGAGAAACUGGAUCUAACCAGCUGCAGGGGUGUGCGAGUCGGCGAACGACGCCGCUUCUUUGAGGUCUGGGAGGAAGAGUGGAAGAACUCGUAACAUUUCCUGGAUAUACCCUCGAAUCCGUGGCAUGUAGUUCAUUAUCUGAUCCAAUGGGCGUUUAGGAGGGGACGCACUGGAAGUAGACUGUGGAACCCUUCGUCAGCAACUGCGCUCGAACG